UGUGCGCAACCGCACCUCGGCGCGCUGUCACUUUCUGGUUUUGACAGUUGCUUCAACACCUCGCUUGCUCUAGUUUCCAAAAUUCAACAAAUAACCGCUCGAAAAUGCCAAAACACACCCGAAAACGCCGUCACCCCAACGUAAAUAACGACAUUGAGUACGAAAUCGACGCUCCCAAAAACAAGUUUCGAGCUUUCGAUGAAGACGCUCAAGCUGAAGAAGAGCAACUCAGCAAAAUCCUCUUUGGGGGAGCUUCCAGCUUCCUGAAAAGCUUGGAGGAGGCCGAGCAGGAAAUUGGGGCCUCUUGUUCAAACGUCGACUCGGGGGUAGGUGAGGACACCUCCGACAGCGAGCCCCAGGAACGCAUUCCAGCUUGGUAUGACGAAGACGACGACGGGAUUGAAGUGGGGCACGCUCUGGAUGCCCAAGGGCGCAAAUUACCGUCAGGGGGUAUCAACGAUCGCAGUAACAAGUAUUCGUCUCUGCUUAAAAACAAGUUUAAUUUGAUUGUGGGAACCCCCUCAUGGGCCACGCUUGAUAAACGACACAAGAGCCAGGAUUCGGACUCCGAUGAGGAGAUUUUGCACAGUUGUGGGUUUCUCAGGACGGGGACAGGCGCGUACUUAACGAGGGGCGCCUUGGAGUUCAAGAAAGUCAAAGAUUUGAAUUGUGAGACGUACAGUGAGGGCCCCUUUAUCAACGCCGUGGAGUUCCACCCCACGUCACGUGUGGCCCUUGUAGGGGGGCACAACGGCGUCGCCUCUCUUUACGCCGUGGAUGGACGCCAAAACAACAAGUUACACAGUGUUUUAUUCCAACAUUUCCCGAUUUUUUGUGCAAAGUUUAUCAACAACGGUAACGAGGUGAUUUUGGGGUCACGGCAGAACCACAUCUUCAGUUACGACCUAAUGGCGGCCAAAACCACCAGAAUCCCGUUACCCCCUGGCAUGACCAGCUUCAAAAAAUUCAUCACUUUCCCCGAUUUUGACAUAAUCGCAGCUGCAGGCAAGUGGGGCGAAAUCCACUUGCUUAGCGCAGCCUCAAAGGAACGAGUCGCAACAAUAAAGCAAAACCAUGAAGUUACGGCUCUGGCCUACGGCCCCCAAGGUAAUCUUCUCUAUGGGCACAGUGACUGUGGCGAAGUCACUGUGUGGGACGUGAGCAUGAGACGGGUCUUGCACAAGUUUAUGGACGAGGGCUGUCUGCAAGGCACCACUUUGGCGGUUUCGCCCACUAAUCAAUUUCUGGCGGCUGGUUCUGCACAAGGAGUUGUUAAUUUGUACGACGUGGGGGAUAUUUUAAUUAAUAAAGUACCUAAACCUAUAAAGACCAUUAUGAAUUUGACUACGAGCGUGACCGACUUGAAAUUCAACGCUACAUCGGAGAUUUUGGCAUUGUCGUCUGCCGAAAUACCGAAUUCCGUCAAAUUGCUCCAUGUCGGGUCUGGGACUGUUUUUAGCAACUUCCCGACGUUCGAGACCAAGUUGGGACACGUAAAUGCGAUCAAUUUCUCGCCAAAUAGUGGAUAUGUUGCCUUUGGGAAUAGGAAAUCGACCGUUUCUUUGUAUACCUUGAAGCACUACAAAAGUUAUUAAUCAAACAACACAUGUUAGAUACGGUAAAUGACCUGUUCCACCUGUUGUAACAUUUAUGCAAGCUUUAUAAAUUAUAACAGGGCUAUUGCUAAAAUAAUGUGUCAGUUUUAAUACCGAAGAGUGGCAUCUCUCCUCAAGUGGUUAAUUUUGAUCAAUUUUUACGUUCUGUAUGCUUUUUUAUUUUUUACUACCGAUGUCAUGUUUUAGUACCUGUAAAUAAAAUCGUUUAAGUCCUAAGAA